AUAUACACUACUUUGUGUUGUAUGAUUUAUAUACAUUAAAAUGUUUCCCCUCGCAUUUAACAGAGAGAAAAACGAUCGUACGGUUUUUUAAAUGGAAUGUAUACACAUAACUCUGACACAUUAGGAAUGAGCUAUGUUGUAUGUUGUACUGCCUAUUACACGCAAUGUGGUGAAUAAUGUACAGGAUAAUAAUCAAUAUGAAUAUAUAGUCUCCAUCGCUGUGCUUGACUUGCAGUUGGUGCUAAGGUGUAAUUACGUCAUUCUAGGUGGAAACAAAGCCGACUGGGUGCCUUGGUAGCACCACACGCGCGCGCGUGAGAACGCCGACAGCUCGGUUCCAACAGCUACCGCAAAUCCGGUCCCGGAGUGAAGACCUAGUCCACCUAUUGGAAUACAAUACAAAAUCUGAUAAAUGAAGGAUUAUCCGAACGGGAGUGACUGGGGAUCGAAUCGGAUCUUUUGGCGGGUUAUUUCCUACGGUGUCCGACUGGAAUGUAUAUUAUGGUGUAUGGUUCAAUUGAAGAAUGAAUGUUGUGCGUCAACUUCGCAUUGCUGCCGCCUUGUUUUGGUGACUUUGAGGAAUCUAUACCUUUUGAAUGCUCACUCGGAUGAGAGCAAAUGGAAUCGUGCGUUAGGGUCAUCCUCCUAUCUCUUUCAUAAGGGGGACAGGUCUCCCUUGUAUUUGAGACGUUCCAUCUCAAUGGCAUCCCCUGUACAGUAUACUUAAAGAAUAGGAGUUUAACGACGAUAUCAACGUCUAGCUCCAUCCCACACCACAUGCCAUGGAUCCCCUACCAGAGUACUCCCUGUUCCUAGUCCGGAUCCUGGAGGAACUAGACACUAAACACAGUAGUGUGUCCUACCAGGACCUCUGUAAGUCCCUGUGUGCCCGCUUUGACUUGGUCCACUUGGCCAAGCUACGGAGCCUUCUGUUCUACACAGCCUGCCUGGACCCAGCCUUCCCUGCCACUCUCUUCAAAGACAAGAUGAGAUGUACUGUUGAGGACCAGCAGUCUAAGAAACUCAUGGUGGCAGCGGAUAUCGUCACUAUGUUUAACCUAAUCCAAAUGAACGGGGGGAUCGCCAAAGAUAAGCUCCCAAUGGCACCACCGAGGCCCAAGUUCCACAAGAACCAGUCGUUUGAGUCAUGUAGGUCCGACACUGAUGUUUAUAAGUACCAGGACUAUGAGAGGGGUGGAGGUUAUGACCUCAUGGAUCAACCCUCCAGGGCGGGUCACCACCCCCACCAUCGCCCCAUGUCCCAAAACAACUCCUCCCACCCCCGCCCACACCCCCAUUCCCACUCCGCCAGCUCGAAAUCCAACUGCAGCCCACAGUUUAUCCCGACUUCGGACCCUAACUUCCUAUUGGGCGUAAACAAGGAUCUAAAAUGUCGAGCAGCGUCGCUAGACAAGCUGCAGCACCUGCCCCAGUACUCAAGCUGCAGUCCUCCAUCGCCGCCCUGCGAGAUGCAGAGCACCUACUUUCCCAUAGACAUUGACAGUGAGUCCACCACAGACCAGGAGUCCCUGCAACACAUCAACCACACGGAGCCCUUCUCUGUCCACUCCUGUGUCCAGAAGAGAAACAUCUUCAAGGAGGAUUUUCACAACCUGCUAGCAUUCUCCCCACAGGUCAUCACCUCAGAGUGCAAACCAAACAUCAGGGCAACUGGAGGCUACCACCGGAGAGAGCUCCACAAACCUGCCACAUUCUUCAACCACAGCUUCGAGCUGCCCUACAGUAACCCCUACUUUGAGCAUACUAUGAACUCGCCCAUUCAGGAGAAACGGCGAGCGAAGCACGAGAGUCUGGACGACCUUCAAGCUUCUACGUAUUUCGGGCCAACGACAGUGACAGAGUGCGUGAACACACGGAGGAGUACGGCUAGGCCGGGGAAGCAGCCAAUUUGGCCCGUGAAAAGCCUGAGUCUGAAUGCUGAAGAAGGGCCACCGGAUUUUGAGAGGUCAUUUCUGAAUGGGAAACCGCUGAAAGACAACCAUCGCCACAAUGUAGUCAAUAAAGAGAAUGAGCAGCACUUUCAGUGUGCCAAAGAGAAAGUGGUGGCCUCCCCUUCAGGGUUCGCAAAGAAAACCAACGGGUUGAAAACAAAGGAUAUGUCUUCAAUGGCGUGCGGUCCCGGGGUGGGUGUCGACAAAAGAGAGGUUGGGAAAAGAUUUAAAGAGAAAGGCAUCAACAGUACGUCUUUUCAAGGAGGUAACAUAGACAGCUCGUCCAGCAUAGGGACACAAACGGAGCAGGCCGAACAGAGGAAGCUAAAAGACUAUGCCGCCGCUAACGCAAAAUACGCCGAGAGAGAGAGGCACUCGUGCAAACACUCGGAAGAGGACUCUGAGAUCAUCAGCGAUGACAUCAGUGACAUCUUCCGCUUCCUUGACGACAUGAGCGUGUGCGACUCGCUGGGCGUCAUCCAAUCGUCGUGCUACAACAGCAUCGGAUCUCUCUCUCAGGUGACCAUGAAGUCUGACGGCGACAGCUCACCCGAAUGCAACACGGUCAAACUGGCCAAGUCCAAGCUGGACUGCCUCUUUCACUCCCUAGAGAACACGGACGACGAGCUCAAAUCGAGCGUGUGCAAGCUUGUUAAGAGGAUAGGUGAGAUCGAGAAGAAGCUGGAGUCUCUGUCCGGAGUCCGAGGGGAGAUCUCGCAGGUGCUCUCCAAGCUCACCAAACUCGACGAGAAGAUCCAGGAACCCGAAAUCAACGGGAGACCGGGCGAAAACGCUUUAGCCACCACUUCCACCCCAGAUCACCUUCACCCCGACCCCAACCUCUCGCCCCAUGUCUUUCAGUGCCACACGACAGGCCACAACAUCAAGGUGGAUAACGGAUCAGUGGAGUGGGGCUGCUCAGACAGUGAGAGUCUGAGGGUCAAGGCAAUUAAGAAAAGUAUGUUCACGCGGAGGUCGUCACGCUCACUCAAUGAGGAGAACAGCGCCACAGAGUCAAAGGUGGCGAGCAUCACCAACUCACCACGGGACUGGAGAACGGUGUCGUAUUCUUCGCACCAUGGGGAUGAGGGCAAAGACAAGGACAGAGACAGAGACCGAGAAAGGGACACCAAGGACAGACACAGGAAAGCCAAAGAGUCAGAGCGGGAGCGCCAGUAUGAGAUGGCCCCCCAGGUCCACCGCUCCUCAAAGCCUCCCAAGGACUCCUACCUGGUGGAGCAGGUGUUCUCACCGCACCCCUUCCCCCCCUCCAUCAAGUCCCACAUGAAGGGCAGCCCCCUGUACACAGACCUCAGGCUCACAGGCCUGUCGGUUGACGGCAAACGGGGUCAGCCCUCCUGGACCAUCGAGGAGUACAAGCGCAAUGCGGGUGGCGAGAAAGGCAAGCAGCUGACCGCCCUGGACCUGCAGACGCAGGAGUCAUUGAACCCCAAUAACCUGGAGUACUGGAUGGAGGAUAUCUACACGCCAGGUUACGAUUCGCUGCUGAAGAGGAAGGAAGCAGAGUUUCGGAGGGCCAAGGUGUGCAAGAUUGGAGCGCUGAUUGCCGCGGCCGCCUGCACUGUGAUCCUGGUCAUCGUUGUGCCCAUAUGCACUAUGAAGUCAUGAAGUGCUCCAAGUCGUGCUCUACGAAGUGCUCCAAGUCGCACACUUUCCCUCGGCCCCUGUUUAUUCUGGCUAAUUGUAAAAGGACUGAAUACGUGUGAGCUAUAUGGUAUCAGUCCAAUUACAGGAGCAGCCCUCUGAUUGGCUAUGUGGACGUUUGAAGAGUGAGGUACAUGUAUAUUGUUUCAUGUGAAUCUGACCUAUGUUCGUGGUAUUGGAAUCAAGUCUAUGUUCUUUUCUACAUGAUUUAGUUGUUAUGCCACGGGAUGGGCAUUGGUAUUAGGAAAUCGUCAGUACACAUUCAAAAUGACUUUGUUCAGACGGGAAUGUUGCAAGUUUGAUCUUUUCUAUUGUUGCCUAUAUUUACUUAUUGACAUUUGUGUAUUUAUGAUGAAAGACAGACGGUACACAACAGUAUAUCUUUUACAUUUACAUGUAUAUUGUAUUGGUGUACGAUGUUCCAGAAUAUUACGAGUCCAGUGUUUAUUUCACUUUGUCUCUUAGUUAAAGGGGCAAUCUGCAUUUCAAACAAAAGCAACAAAGCGGCUACCCAGCCAGUGUUUUUGUGAACUGAAACAGAUGAUCUGUACAGUAUAUGGUCGACAGAUGGAUUUGUUUCUGUACACAGCUUCUAAUAUUUUUAUUUUAGUAUAAUUGCUGUAUAAUGUAUUUUAAUGAGAGUUAUUUUUGGAUGAAUUAUCUGGUAGAAUGUGAUGAGGUGCACCAGAUAUUAUUUAUCUUUAUCUAUUAUAAUAAUAACCAGAGAUUUAAUUCAUGGGAUUUUGUGCAAUGCCUUUUCUAAAUAGACAUAUACAGUAUAUUGAAGUACUGUAGUUGAAAUAGACGAAUAACAGACAGUACAUACAGUAGAUUGUAAAAACAAUACAAAACACUACAGAACCUGAAUGUAUUGAAAGUAGCAUUACUCACAGAGAGAAGCAAAACACACAUAUCAUUUCUCAUCGUCUCUUGAGCAGAAUUAAGUUGAAUGUUGCUCUCCUUUCCUUGCUUUAGAUAGUUUAACUACUAGCCAAAAGCACAUAGCUGCAGUAGGGAGUUAUUCUCUGCCUUGUGACAGUGUUUAAUACAGUAAAUACUGUAUUAAUACAGACGUUUCUACUGUUGACUAACUGAGCACCUCUGGGAGAGACACUUGUAUUAGUUCAGUCACUGGGAGAGACACGUGUAUUAGUUCAGUCACUGGGAGAGACACUUGUAUUAGUUCAGUCACUGGGAGAGACACUUGUAUUAGUUCAGUCACUGGGAGAGACACUUGUAUUAGUUCAGUCAGCGGUAUUGACUGCACCAAUCUCCCAGGCUGUCAGAAACACUAACACUUGCAGAAGCUUCUUAUGAGGUGCUGUGUCACCUUAUAAACAUUCAUAGCACCUUCUAUAGAGCAUUACGACAUGUUGUAUUAAUUAAGCAAUACGACACAAUAGGUUAUGAUGUAUCGUGGAUGUAUGACAUCUUAGUAGCCCCAUGCCUCGUUGCUUUACUUUACAGUUUGGUAACGGUCCAUGACUGCAUUCCAAUGUGGUUUGAAUGUGCUAUGAAUGUUUAUAAGGCAUUGUAACACUUCGUAAGAAUCUGAUUCAAGUAAAGAAACAGUCCCUCCACUCAAGCCCUGCCUACCCAUCUAGUCUCCUAAGAGGCCUUAAAACCACUGAAUGCAAACUGCCUGCCGUUAAGGCUGUGUCCCAAUAGUUUUGAAGAACGUCCUUGUCUCAUCAUCAACUGUAGCGGUGGUGAUGAAAGGUUGGGGAAGCUAUUUCAUAGUUCUGGGACACAACGUGAGAUUCACAUCUCCACUCAUGAACCUGAGCUCAGAGACAGUACGCAAACCAAGAUGGCCGAUCACACACACGUCACCCAGUUAACAGUAAACCAGGGGAUGCUCUACUCCAGUCCUCCUUGGUUUCCCUCUCAAGUUAGUUCAUUUAGGCUGUGUUCCAGGCUGACUACAUUGCAGACUCCUGGCAGAUAUCAAAACGCCUGGAUAGAUGUUUAAGAUAUCAGCUAACCACAUCCUAUGAUGUAGCAAGGGCUGCCUGACUGCAGUCGAUGACGUGGCAAGCAACCGUUGGUUGAUGAAAUGCAACGUCUGCAAUGUAUUUGGCUUGGAACACAACCUUUUAUGCUAGUGAUCUAUUUGCCACUUCAGGUGUUCCUGGCACAAAUGGGAGAGAACAUUGUCAUACUGCAAAAAUGAACAUGAGGAAGUACGCACUUCAGGUUGAAAACAUUAGAAUUUCUUUUGUUUGAUAUAAUCGUUCAAAAGUAGACACAAUAACCUGAUAAUGAAGCACUGGACCAUUCAGUUUGAUGUCAGGUUUGCCCGUUAGGAGAGGACUGGAGUUGAGCCCCACACCUAAUGGGUGAAGGGUGAAGUUACUGCCGGUUGACGUUUAUUGUCAUGAGUCUUGUUCUGGAGGCAGAAUCGAGCGAAUCCUCCUUAGAUGGGUCAGAUGCGAAGUCAAAAUUGUCUAUAUUGUAAAAAUGUUAUUUAAUGUUAGGGUUAGGCAUUAGGGUUAGCAGUGUGGUUAACAUUAGGGUUAGGCAUUAGGGUUAGCAGUGUGGUUAACGUUAGGGUUAGGCAUUAGGGUUAGCAGUGUGGUUAACGUUAGGGUUAGGCAUUAGGGUUAGCAGUGUGGUUAACAGUAGGGUUAGCAGUGUCGUUAACGUUAGGGUUAGGCAUUAGGGUUAGCAGUGUGGUUAACGGUAGGGUUAGGCAUUAGGGUUAGCAGUGUGGUUAACAUUAGGGUUAGGUUUAAAAACAGAUUUUAUUACUUUGUGGCUGCGUCCUCUAGUGACCACUCUGCCGUGCUGCCUCCAGAACAAGAUUCAGGAUGAAAAACGCUGACCUACGAAGAUGCCUCUAGAUGCUGAUCUUGGGUCACUUUAGCAUUUUCCUCACCGAUGGAUUGGGGAGGGGAAGCUGAUCCUAGAUCUGUACCUAGGGGAAACUUCUCCCCUGAGCAGUGUAAUGAUUACCAAGUGGAUUUGCCUUCAACACAGGAACUGUGAGCCGCAGCACACUGUAGUAGUCUGUAAAUAGUUAGAUGCACACAUCAUGGCAACAGGUGUAAACUGGAAUAUACCACAAUAAAGGACAACUGUUCUGACUGUUA